UCUCCGAGGUCCGCGAUGACAGGCGGCGCACCUCCUGCGCCCCCUGCCCUGACGAGGAACUUCCGGCCGGUGGGCGGCGACAUUUUGUGGGGCGGUGGCGGGGCGGGCGGUCCGCGGACCUGCGCGCUGACAGGGCGGCGCGGAGGGCAGAGGAAGAGGAGGGGUAAUGUCAGAGGAGGGGAGAGGCGGUGUCAGGAGGAGGGAGCAGGCGGGCGGCGGGCAGGGCGCCGGUUCUGUGGCUAUCGCGAGAGGGAGGCGCCGCUGGGAGGGGAGGGAGGGCGGCGGGGGGAGCCCAAGAGCCGGGAGCCCGGCGCAGCUGUAACGGCUCCUCAGUUUCCUAUCAUGGCGGGGGCCGGCCCCAGCGGCCGGGAUAAGCGGGCGACGGCGGCGCAGCUGAAGGCGGCGCUGGGCGGCGAGAGCGGUGCGGCGGCGGCGGGCGAGCUGCGGGCGCUGCUGGAGCGGGUGCUGUCCCCGGCGGCGGGCCCGGGCGGCGGCGGCGAGGCGGCGGCCGAGGCGCUGGAGUGGUGCCGCUGCCUGCUGUCGGGUGGGGAGCCGUGGGACAGCUUCGUACAAGCCGUGCGGGCCUACGACCCGGCCACACUGUGCGGCCUGGUGUGGACGGCCAACUUCGUGGCCUACCGGUGCCGGACGUGCGGGAUCUCGCCCUGCAUGAGCCUGUGUGCCGAGUGCUUCCACCAGGGCGAGCACGCCGGGCACGACUACAACAUGUUCCGGAGCCAGGCGGGGGGCGCCUGCGACUGCGGCGACAGCAACGUCAUGCGGGAGGCCGGGUUUUGUAAAAGACACCGGAUUAAGUCAAAAUCAAAUGUUCCAUGUGUCCCGAAAGACUUGUUGAUGAUGUCAGAAUUAGUUCUUCCACAGUUCAUCUUUAGUCUUAUUCAGCACUUAAGAGAGGGGUAUAAUGAGCCUGCUCUUGAUCUGCCAUCAGAGAAGGACCUUCAUAAAAUCCUCCAGGUCUUGGAGCCUCAUGUUUCCUUUCUAGAAGACUUGACCAAAAUGGGAGGAGCAAUGCGAUCAGUUCUUACCCAGGUUUUGACUAGCCAACAGUUCUACAAAGAUCUUAGCUCUGGUGUUGGGGAGAAUGCGUGUGCAAAGAAAAGUCAUGAGAAGUACCUCAUUGCUUUGAAAGGCUCUGGACUGGCAUUUCCUGAGGAUAAAAUUGCAUGUGGUAUACAGGAACAAGGAGCUGGAACUAGCACGUUAGCAGUUCAAGGUUUAGCAGGUGCUACGGCAACAUCAGGACAAGGGGAUUCUUCAGAUGAGGAGGACCAGGAUGGUAGCCAAGGUGUGGGCAAGCGCAAGAGGGUGAAACUAAGCAGCACCACCAAAGAUCAAUCUAUCAUGGAUGUAUUGAAGCAUAAAUGUUUUCUAGAAGAAUUAUUAUUUUGGACAAUAAAAUAUGAGUUUCCACAGAAGAUGGUGACUUUCUUACUCAACAUGCUGCCAGAUCAAGAUUAUAAGAUUGCUUUUACCAAAACUUUUGUUCAGCAUUAUGCUUUUAUUAUGAAAACACUGAAGAAAAGCCAUGAAUCAGACACAAUGUCUAAUAGAAUUGUGCAUAUCAGUGUUCAGUUGUUCAGCAAUGAAGAACUAGCACGCCAAGUAACAGAAGAAUGUCAGCUGCUGGAUAUUAUGGUCACUGUUCUGUUAUAUAUGAUGGAAAGUUGCCUUAUUAAAAGUGAAUUGCAAGAUGAAGAAAACAGUUUACAUGUUGUGGUGAAUUGUGGGGAAGCACUACUGAAGAAUAAUACUUACUGGCCCCUGGUUAGUGAUUUUAUAAACAUACUUUCACACCAAAGUGUGGCAAAGAAAUUUUUGGAAGAUCAUGGUCUUCUGGUAACAUGGAUGAAUUUUGUAUCAUUCUUUCAAGGUAUGAAUUUAAAUAAACGAGAAUUAAAUGAGCAUGUGGAGUUUGAAUCACAGACUUACUAUGCUGCCUUUGCUGCUGAGCUGGAAGCCUGUGCCCAGCCAAUGUGGGGUCUUCUGUCACACUGCAAAGUUAGGGAAACACAGGAAUACACACGAAAUGUUGUCAGAUACUGCCUUGAAGCGCUUCAGGACUGGUUCGAUGCUAUCAACUUUGUAGAUGAGCCAGCUCCUAACCAAGUUACUUUUCAUUUGCCACUGCACCGUUACUUUGCCAUGUUUUUAAGUAAGGCUGUCAAAUGCCAAGAACUAGAUCUGGAUACUAUCUUGCCAGAUCAGGAGAUGCUGAUGAAGCUCAUGAUUCACCCACUUCAGAUUCAGGCAAGUCUUUCUGAAAUUCACAGCAACAUGUGGGUUAGAAAUGGUCUACAAAUUAAAGGACAGGCCAUGACUUAUGUGCAGUCUCAUUUCUGCAAUUCAAUGAUUGAUCCUGACAUUUAUCUGCUGCAAGUCUGUGCCUCUAGGCUGGACCCAGAUUAUUUUAUUUCAUCUGUUUUUGAAAGAUUUAAGGUGGUAGAUCUGUUGACGAUGGCAUCACAGCAUCAGAAUACAGUUCUUGAUUCAGAGCAUGAAAGGUCCAUGUUGGAAGGAGCCUUAACAUUUUUGGUCCUUCUGUUAAGUCUUCGUUUACAUUUAGGAAUGACAGAUGAUGAGAUCCUCAGAGCAGAGAUGGUAGCCCAGCUCUGUAUGAAUGACAGAACACACAGUUCAUUACUGGAUCUCAUUCCAGAAAACCCCAACCCUAAAAGUGGUAUUAUUCCAGGAAGCUUAAGCUUUGAAUCAGUCUUGUCAGCAGUUGCUGAUUUUAAAGCUCCUGUUUUUGAACCUGGAGGUUCCAUGCAACAAGGAAUGUAUACACCUAAAGCUGAAGUGUGGGAUAAGGAAUUUGACCCUGUCAUGGUAAUACUUAGAACGGUUUACCGUAGAGAUGUGCAGUCUGCAAUGGACAGAUAUACAGCAUUUUUAAAGCAAAGUGGCAAAUUCCCUGGGAACCCAUGGCCUCCUUACAAGAAAAGAACACCACUACAUCCAAGUUACAAAGGUCUCAUAAAGCUUUUGCACUGUAAAACCCUGCACAUUGUGCUGUUCACGCUGCUUUACAAGAUAUUAAUGGAUCAUCAGAAUUUAUCAGAACAUGUGCUUUGCAUGGUUUUGUACUUGAUUGAGCUGGGGUUGGAAAAUUCUCCAGAACAAGAGGCAGAUGAAGAGGAAUCUGCAGGUGGACAAGAGCGUUGCCAUGAUAGUUGGUUUCCAGGUAGCAAUUUGGUUUCUAACAUGCGUCACUUCAUUAACUAUGUCCGAGUUAGAGUACCAGAAACUGCUCCAGAAGUGAAGAGGGAGCCACCUGCAAGUACGAGUUCUGAAGGUUUAGCUUCAUCACAAAGUUCAAGGCGGAAGAACCUCCAGAGAGAGAACUCGGGGACAGCUCAAGUGUUCAGUUUGGUCGCAGAACGUAGAAAGAAAUUUCAGGAGAUCAUCAAUCGGAACACCAGUGAGGCAAAUCAGGUGGUUCGGCCCAAAACAUCCAUGAAAUGGUCAGCACCUGGUGCAACUCCACAGCUAACCACAGCCAUUCUAGAAGUCAAGGAAAGCAUACUGUCCUUGCUGAUUAAGCUGCAUCACAAACUCUCAGGAAAACAAAACUCUUACUAUCCUCCGUGGUUGGAUGAUGUGGAUGUUUUAAUCCACCCAGAAAUUCCAAGAUACUCUCACGGUGAUGGAAUGACGGCAGUAGAAAGAAUUUUAUUGAAAGCUGCUAUACAAAGCAGAUUGAAUAAACGUAUAAUUGAAGAGAUAUGCAGAAAGGUGACACCUCCUGUACCACCGAAAAAGAUUAGUUCUGCAGAGAAGAAAACUUUGGAUAAAGAAGAAAGGCGACAGAAGGCUAGAGAAAGGCAACAGAAAUUGUUGGCUGAAUUUGCCUCAAGGCAGAAAAGCUUCAUGGAAACUGCCAUGGAUGUUGAAUCACCAGAUGCUGAUAUUGCCAUGGAGGUAGCUACGUCAGAACAGCACGUUUCUGAGGCAAUAUAUGAUUGUGUUAUUUGUGGACAAAGUGGUCCUUCUACUGAAGACAGACCUACAGGGCUAGUUGUACUAUUACAAGCAUCCUCAGUGUUGGGACAAUGCCGCAAUAGCACUGAGCCAAAGAAACUACCAACUACUGAAGAGGAGCAAAUAUACCCUUGGGAUACCUGUGCAGCACUGCAUGACGUGAGGCUUACAACUUUACAGCGAUACUUUAAAGAUAGUUCCUGCCUGCAAGCAGUGUCAAUAGGCUGGGAAGGAGGUGUUUAUGUACAAACUUGUGGUCACACCUUACACAUAGAUUGUCACAAAUCCUACAUGGAAUCCUUACGGAAUGACCAGGUCCUCCAGGGUUUUUCAGUGGACAAAGGAGAAUUCACCUGUCCCCUCUGUAGGCAGUUUGCUAACAGUGUUCUUCCCUGUUACCCUGGAAACAACACAGAAAGAAGCCUUUGGCAAAGUCAUAGUAACAAAUGUAUGCAAGAUCUUGUACAAGAGGUGGAAGAUCUUCAAGAACAGCUGGGAACUUUCCCAGUAAGCAUCAGUUCUGAAACCAAUCUCAGUAAAGAAAUGGAAUCUGUAAUGAAAGAUAUAAAAAGUACCACACAGAAGAAGUAUACAGAUUAUAGUAAGAGUCCUGGAUCACCAGAUAAUGAUUUUCUGUUUAUGUAUUCAGUAGCCAGAACAAACUUGGAACUUGAGUUGGUCCAUCGAGGAGGCAAUUUAUGUUCAGGAGGUGCAAGCACAGCUGGGAAAAGAUCAUGUUUAAAUCAGCUGUUCCAUGUGUUGGCCAUGCACAUGCGCCUCUACAGUAUAGACUCUGCGUACAAUCCAUGGAGAAAACUAACCCAGCCGAUGCAGGAUAAAAAUUCAGAGCCAAUAAGUGAAGAGCUGCCAGAAGUUCCCAUGCUUUACAGAGAUGUCUCAUCCCUUUUGCUUAUCCAGAUUUUAACCAUGCCUCAACCAUUGCACAAAGAACACUUCACCUGCAUUAUAAAAGUGCUGUUCACUUUAUUGUAUACUCAAGCCUUGGCAGCACUGUCUGUUAAAUGCAGUGCUGAAGAUAGGAUGGCAUGGAAAGAGUCAGGAGCUCUCAAAAAGAAUACAUCCAGUGGAGAAAAAUCUUGGGAAGUAUUGCUGGGUCAUGUGAUUAGUGAGCUCUCUAAGGGGAAGAUAUAUAAAGAAGGAGAGACUGAAGAAUUAACAGUGGUAAAUCCUGAUUCUAUAGAGUGCUAUCUGCAGCAGUUCUGCCUGCCUUUCCUCAGGAUCACAAGCCUUCUUCAACACCAUCUUUUUGGAGGGGAUUUACCUAGUUGCCAGGAAGAUGAAGAAUUCACAGUUCUUGCAAGCUGCCUGGGUCUAUUACCAUCUUUUCAGUCAGCUCAUCAGUUCACCAGUGCCUCUUGUCUCGAUUGGCCAGUGCCAGCGUUUGACAUGGUAUCACAGUGGUGCUCAGAAUUGGCUUCAUUUGCAGAUAGACAUCCGGAUCAAGUAAAGGCUUUGCUUAUCCAGGAGCCUAAGUGGGACUUGCCACGCCUCCUUCAGUUGCCUGAGAAUUAUAAUACCAUUUUUCAGUAUUAUCACAGAAAGACUUGUACUGUUUGUACCAAGGUUCCUAAAGAUCCUGCUGUUUGUCUAGUUUGUGGUACUUUUGUAUGCUUGAAAGGACUAUGCUGCAAACAACAGAGUUACUGUGAAUGUGUACUGCAUUCUCAAAACUGUGGAGCCGGGACAGGAAUAUUUCUUUUGAUUAAUGCAUCCGUAAUCAUCAUCAUACGAGGCCAUCGUUUCUGCCUGUGGGGUUCUGUUUAUCUAGAUGCACACGGUGAAGAAGACAGAGAUCUUAGGCGUGGUAAACCUCUCUACAUAUGCAAGGAAAGAUACAAAGUGCUUGAGCAGCAGUGGGUGUCUCACACUUUUGAUCAUAUCAAUAAAAGAUGGGGGCCACAUUAUAAUGGCUUGUAAAUCACCAUCAUCAUCUACACACCACAUCAUUGCUGUUACCACGAAUGAAUGCAUCUUGACUGACAAUAGCUUUAAUUGUACGGGAGUUUAGCUCUUUGGCUUGGGGUGGAGUGGGGUACAGGCAUAAAAGGGAAAUAGAACUCUGUCAACAUGUGACAUUUUCACAGAAUUGGCUGCUGUUGCUACUAAAUAAUGAUACAAUAAUUUUCAAUUAAAUUCUCAAAAUGGUGUGAGCAAUCUGAUUGCACUCAGUAGUCCAUUUUUCUUUUGUUUAUUUUUAAAGUCCAUUAUUGGUAAGAAGCACAAAUUUUACUUACAGUUGUUUAGGCACCCCAGGGAUAGCUGUCAGGCUUUUAUUUUCUCUGCGUGGAAUGGAGUUUUUAGCAAUUUUUGCUCAAAUGGUGUAUAUGUCUAGUACAUCUACUAAAUAUGUUGGAUAAAAUUUCUUUGCCUUUUUUGUGUUGGUUUGGGGUUUUUGCUUGAUAUGCAUUUGUAAUUAAACAGGAUUUGUAAAAUGAUUGUGAGACUAUGGUAACAAUUGGUCUGAAAGUUGAGCUUUAAAGAGUGUUUCACUAAUUGUGAGAAGUCUAUUGAAAUAUUUCAGGCAUUACUGAAAACUUACGCAUUCUCAGGAAUUUCGUAUUUUUUUCUCCAUAAAUAAGUGAAAUAGCUGUAAAUUAGGUGUCUUAUUGCUCUUAAUGUAAUCCAGAAAACAAUAUUAUUUCUUCUUUUUUUUUUUUCUUUUCCAGAAAGGAGAUUUUUUUUUUUCUGUAUCAGUUGAAUAAACUGUUAGUGAUAACACAUACAGAAAUUGCUGUUUAGAGUAAUCACUGUCCUUUCUGCUUGGUUUCCUAAAAAUCAAAAAAAAAAAAAAAUCACCAGAGAUAGCCCGGGUGAACCACCAGUGCAUGUGCGGCCUCAUCGGAUGAAUGCCAAAACAGUUUAUGCUUAGAGGGCUAAAAAAACUUGUGACAACAAGCAUGACUGGGCUAAACCCCCACCGUGUAAGUAGGUGGGAAAGAUUAUAGUUAACAUACUGGUAUGUAAUAUAUUGCUACUCACGUUUUUCACAGGUGUUGGACAUUUGCUGGCUAUUUCAUACAGUACUACCAAGCAGCUCCUGGUAGUACUGUAUGUUCCUGGACUUUCAUAGCUUGCGUGUAAAAUAAAAUUUAUAUGUGUAAAAUAAAACCAUCUUAUGAUAAAACCACAUAUACAAUGAAAACAGUUCCCCAGUGGAAGUCAUUAUCUAGUGAAAAGUGUACAGGGGAAAUAAAAUGACUGUAUAGCAAUCGAGGGGAAUGGCCAGAAGGAAAAAGUAAGUAAAUAUGAUGAGUUUUUUUCUGGAUACCUGCAAUUCAAAAACCCCCACAAUAAAGGAUGCUGUAUUUUAUACAUACAUAUAAAUAUAUAUAUAUUUCAAAAGUAUUACAAUACUUCCUGUAAGAUUAAAAUUACUGUUUCACCAACUAAAUGGCUAUGUCUUUUCCAAAAUAUUACUUUUUUGAUACUGUAUUAUAAGUUCUGCCUGUAAUAUUUUUGCAUUGCUCAUUAUGAAUAUCAGGCCAUUUUGUAAGUGUGGUUAAAGAGCAAAAAGAUUCUUUACAUCUCCAGCAUAACAUUAUUACAGGGCUCAUGAACUUGAGUAAUCUGUAGUUUGAAGCUCCAAUGCUAUAUUUACAAGAGAUAAUGUAUUCAGAAUUUGAUUACUGUGUUUUAUUUAAAAUGGAAUGUUCUCUGGUUGUGCAUAUGGAUGUGAAGUAAAACUAUUAGCCUUAACUUUAACAUUUGGGUAUUUUGUAGUGUUUAAAACUGGUGAAUUAGUCACCAGUCAAUUUAAAAACAACAAAAAAAAAUCACUUGGUUGAAAAAUUGUACUUGAAUAUCCUUGCAUGCUGCUAAACAAGAACUUUGAUUUCCCCCGUAACUUUUUUAAUCCUACUUUACUAAGCUAACCUUAAAAAAUAACAGGUCCAAACUAGAGUGGUGUGUGCGUGUAUUACUCAAAUGUUCUGGUGUGGCAUCCUGUAUGAAUGAUCAUUUAAGUACAGUACAUUACUGUAGAAUCUAAAUCAACCUUUAUAACACAUCAGAAGAGUAUAAAACUAGGAAUACAGUAAUCGACAUUGUAAGAUAUGUUAAUAAAAGUCUACUGUCAAUCUGUGCGUUCGUAAAAUUUUUUCUCGAUGGCAGUCAUCCACACGUAACCAUUACUGAAUUCCACCCGAUAGCCAGGCAGUUACUUCAAUGUCAAAAGCUUACGCAUGCGAAGUACUUUGCAUAGAGAGGACAUCUGGUAUGUUUUUUUCUUUUUGCUACUUGCACACAGUCAUGUAUUUUGGAUUAUUUUAUUUUACUCAUAACUAUACCGCUUGAAGUUGUGCUUGAUUUUAUGCCAGCUACUACAGCGUUGCUGCUGCAAACUGCUAAAAUUAAAAUGCCAAGCUGAGAAAAUUGUACUUCUGGGAAAACUGUGCUUGAUCUUCUCUUCUGUCAAUUCUCUUCCUUCAAUUUGAUGAAUGUAUCUAUUUAUGUAUUAAAUUUUUCCUUUUCUUUUGACCUUUGAGAAA